UGACGAAGGUCAAGUUCGAUUAUGGCCCCCCAUUUGCUUUUAUCAAAGGUACUACAGCGGAACUUAACACAUGAUUGACUGAGAAGAAAAGGAGAAACCAGAUACGUUGUUUGUUUGGGCCAGAAGAAAGAGCGCAUGUGAGAAUAACAACUUUACCUAUUGAUAUACUUGAACGUUGACUCAGUUCAAUUCAUGGCAUGUGUAUAUUUACCUCACAGACAUCGCGCUUUCAAAGUUCAACCAAGCCUACAAAGAAAAACGCAAGUUUGUCUACAGUGCGCUGAGAAACCUAGGAAUGAGAAUGGGAGAAGGCAGUAUGGAUCGAAGAGAACAUCAGAUACGAGGCUCGUCAGCUCUGUCUGAAGUUGUCCGAGCAAGGGGACGCGCAGUCACGUGACAUCGCCGACAGCCUGACUGUGUCAGUCGCCAACAUCGUCUGCUCCAUGGUGUUCGGGAAACGCUACGACUACGAUGAUGUCAAGUUUGUGGAACUGACCAAAAUCAUAAACAAGCAAGUCGCCAAAUUCGGAUCGAGUCAGCUGAUGACCGUGUUUUCAUUUUUGCGAUUCAUGCCGGGAGUAAAUUCAUCCAACAGGAUUCUUGUCGAAUGUAUUGACGAGGUGCACGCAUUUCUUCGACAAGAAAUUACGAAGCAUCGCGAGACCCUGGACAACGAGAAUCCAUGAGACUUCAUCGACCUUCUCCUCACCGAACUACAGACCCAAGAGAAGACCAACUGCUUUACAGAGGAGAAUAUUGUGUGGAUAAUUCAAGGCUUGUUUGCUGCUGGAGUCGACACCACAGCCAACACCUUGCGAUGGGGUCUUCUGUACAUGGUUCUGUGUCCAGAGGAGCAGCAGAAGGUACAAGCUGAGCUGGACAGUGUCCUGGGAACAGGCCAUGACGUGCCCACCCCGGCCCACAGGUCCCAGCUCCCGUAUACCGAGGCUACUAUCAUGGAGAUCCAGCGCAUCAGGGCCAUCGUUCCCGUUACCCCGCACGCUCCGAACGAGGACACGACUUUCCGAGGCUAUGAUAUCCCAGCGGGAACGCAGGUUCUUCCUAACCUGUGGUCAGCCCACAUGGACCCUGAAUUUUGGCCGGACCCAGAGAAGUUUGACCCCCGUAGGUUCCUGGACUCUGACGGCAAGGUGGUUACCAGGCCGGAAUCCUUCAUGCCCUUUUCUACCGGCCGCCGUGUCUGCCUCGGUGAGCAGCUGGCAAAGAUGGAGCUCUUUCUACUCUUUUCUUCCCUCCUGAAACACUUCACCUUAAAGUUGCCAGAGGGCGCCGCUGCACCUUCUACAGAUGGUAUCAUGGGAUUCUUUUACGUCCCACCAAAAGUAAACAUGUGCAUCACUAAACGUUAGGGAUGAAUAUGUCAACACAACUUGUGUUUUAAAAGAACUUGCGAUAUUUUCUCACAAUACACGCCUGUCACAAAAGCUGUAUUUGAACAAAGUGACUAAAGUGUGUUACCUUGUUUAGAUAUUAUAGAUAUUGACAUAACGGCAACUGGAAGGUAAAUAAUGGACAUAUGAAUAUUAAACUAAGCUAAACUAUGCUAUAUCAAUUAGCAAACAUAUAUCGUUUGUUUGGCAUAGCCUGUUUGAAAAUUAUAUGACAGUCAAAUAGCACGAUCAAAUACAACAAAAUGAGUGUUCCAUAAUAGAUUGGGCUACGUUUAGAUAUUAACUGCUGCAAGUAUGGAUACUAUUAGCAUGGUAAUGUGGACAGGGAGGCCAAAGGGAAAUAUUUCUUAGGAGCAUUUUAAAGACAGACAUUUCAAAUUGCAUUAAUCAGUUAGUGGCCAUCAAAACGCCAGUUGCUGUUGAAAACUACUACAGGUGAUUGUCUAUUUAGAAGCCAUUCGACGCCUGUAAAUAUAUGUGAAAUAGAGAAAAAAGGUAUUGAUUAGGUUGAGUGGGUUGCAAGUGCACUAAGAUGUGUUUAGAGGCCAUUGAUUAAAAAUUCAAUGAUUAUUAAAUAUUGAUAUCUCAAUUUAAUAAUUACAAUUACUAAGAUAUUCAUAGAGUGUGGGUGAGACUGUAUAAAGAUAUAACCGUGAACAUUCCUGAUAUUAAAUUACUACAGUUAUAUACGAGUAAAUAUGGUAUUAAAACAAAUAAUUUCUGAUCAACUCGAGAUAAGCAAAAACGAGCAUGUGACAAAGUGAUUUUUUUUACUUUUGACAUUUCCUCAUCAAAGCUUGUCUCAGUCGGCUAUAUGUUAAAAACUCUCAAUAAACAGAGGCAUCAAACUUCA